UGUUUCUCUACCAAGUAUGGAACACAUACAGUAAUACAUGUAAUAAAAACAUAACAGCAAUGAUGUCAACUCUUUCAGAACUUUUGGAAAGGGGUAAAUUUAAGUGGCUGAACUUAGUUGCAGUCGUAUAUGAUGAUGGCAAUGUGAAACAAAUACAAACUUACAAACAGUUGUUCACCAUUGCAGAAAAGGUUUCCGACGCUUUAAGGAAGAAACUGGACAGCAACUUGGUUAUUGCCAUAUGUAGAAACACUGAUCUGCUUACUCCAGCUAUUCUCUGUGGAAUACUCGGAUGUGGUGCUGCAUUCUAUAAUUUUGACAAGCAUGCUGUAGAGAGAACAGCUGGAAUGUUUCGUUUAAUGGGUGUUUGUGCUGUACUAGUACAGGAUGAUUGUACACAGGUAAUAGAAAGCCUUAUUCAGUUAUGUGGUGGAGAGAUAGCAGCAAAUUCCUUUCUUUCAUCAUUAGGAUUAAUACUCUUAAAAAUCCCAGAAAGAAAUGAGAUACAUGUGAAAGAAAGAAUCCAAAAUAUUGCUUAUUAUAUUACUACAUCUGGUUCCACAGGUCAACCUAAACUAGUUCAGGUCCCACACAGAUGUAUCAUCCCGAAUAUCACACACAUCAGGAGCAUAUAUGAUAUGAGGAGUAAUGAUGUGGUCUUGCUUUGUUCACCUUUAACCUUUGACCCCAGCAUUGUAGAAAUCUUCAUAACUCUGACAAGUGGGGCCAGUCUUUUGAUUGUACCUGAUCACAUUAAGCUAAAGACCAAGGAAAUACUUCCUAUCAUCUACAGAAGGAACAGAGUCACUGUUAUUCAGGCAACACCUUCCUUGAUACAAAGAAUACACCCUAGUGAUUUAAGAAACACAAUCCUGAGUAGAUCUUCCAGCCUGAGAAUACUGGCCCUAGGGGGAGAGAAAUUUCCUCCCCUUAACAAGAUUUGUGAGUGGAGAGCCCCCAACAACAAAACAAAGUUUAUCAAUCUGUUUGGGAUCACAGAAGUCUCCUGCUGGUCAUUUUACCAUUGUCUGAAUGAUGAGAUAUUCUGGUGUGAUAGUGAAGACGUUCCUCUUGGAAUACCAUUAGCACAGUCCACAUAUAAGAUAGUGAAUGAAGAAGGUGUGGAGGUAUUAGAAGGAGAGGGAAAGUUAUAUUUAGGUGGUUAUGACAGGCUGUGCAUGGUAAAUGAAGAGAUUCUGAUAUUCAAAUCUGAAAAGCUGCAGAAUUUUCGGGACUCUGGAGAUAUUGUUCGAAUUGAUUGUGAGAGCAGGAUAUUUUAUGUUGGCCGACACGAUAGACAGGUCAAGAGGAAUGGAUGUCGUCUUAAUCUCGAAGAGAUAGAAAAGAUUAUACUAUCAGAAUCCCAGGUUUCUGACUGUAAAGCAGUGAUAGAUGAUGGAAGACUGGUUGUUUUUGUAAUUCCCAAACAGGAUAUGGAAAUUGACCGUAUCAUAGAAUAUUUACAAUCAAUUAUUGAAAGGAAGCUUCCUAGACAUUAUAUCCCCGAUAACGUUGUUCCUGUCCAAGAUUUUCCUAUCACCAAACACGGUAAAUGUGAUUUCCGUGCCUUGAUGACCCAGUAUCUGCAAUCUCUGAAUAAAUAUGACCCACAGUCAUCUUUGACGAUUGAAAAUAUCAUCAAAGAAAAGUGGAAGACACUCCUAAGAAGUGGUGUAGUAACAAAUGAGAGUAAUUUUCUGUUGAGUGGUGGUGACUCCUUAUCUGCUGUGACUUUGGCUCGAAUUAUUGAAGACCAGUUUGAAUUAUCUGCUCCAGAUUUGGUUGACAUCAUUCUGCAUAAGUCAUUUUGGGAUAUAGUUGACUGCAUAGCAAAACAUAAAAACAUGUGUCCGUUAAAGAGGGCCAGAGGGAACAGAGAAAAUCAGACAUGUGUUGUGAGAAAGAAAAUGAAGAUCCUGAAAGAACCAAUCUGUAGAAUAAUGACGCCAUGUUCAUGUAUCAACAGUGCUGUUACGAGAGGAAGUCGUUACUUCUGUCUGAUGUGUAUGACCACAGUCAGUAAAUUCAACUCAGUCACAUGCAUACCCAAAACUACAGACACAGGAAGACAUAGCGUAGAACUGCAACAGAAGUGGAGAUUUGACACUGGAAAAUGUGUGGAUGCUUCUCCUCUUGUCGUCAUGUCAAGUUCAGGUUUCCACGAAGUGUACAUUGGAUCCCAUUCCCACAAUAUGUUUGCUGUGGUGGUUGAAACAGGAGCACUGUUGUGGCAAACAGAACUAGGAGACAGGGUCGAAUCCUCAGCCUGCAUCAGUGCAUGCGGAAAGUAUAUUGUAGUAGGUUGUUAUGAUGGUGGAGUGUACAUGCUAUCAAGAGACACUGGAGAAAUUUGCUGGGUAUACAAGACUCAGUCAGCUGUGAAGAGUUCCCCCACAGUUGACCCCAUUACAAGAUGGAUCAUUAUAGGAUCACAUGAUCACCAUCUUUAUGCACUUAACAUUGAGGACCAGACCUGCUGUUGGAGUGUUGAGGUUGGCAGUGUGUUCUCCUCCCCAGUAGUGUCCACUGAUCCCCAUUAUGUCUGUGCCUGUUCUCUGUCUGGUUGCAUAGCAGCUAUUCAUCCAACAUGUGGAAAAAUUAUUUGGCUGUACAAUUCAAAGAAACCUGUGUUUUCCUCUCCGGUUAUAACCAACACUGGUCCUUGUGUGGGGUGUGUGGACGGCAAUUUAUAUCAACUGGAUCACCAUGGAAAUCUGGUGUGGAUUUUUUCUACGGGUGCUCCUAUAUUUUCAUCACCCUUGAUAACACCUAUAUUUCAAGAAGGCUCUACUGAAUCCACAGAAAUUUCAAUCAUAGUGGGGUCCCAUGACAGUUGUGUGUACUGCUUAACUUCUAAUGGCAAACUGUUGUGGAAGCACCAGACUGCAGACUUUGUUUACUCCACUUGUUUCUGUUUUGAAAAUACAUGUACUAAUAACAAACAUUUAGACAGUGGUAAAAACAAACUUUUAAAAAAUUCAAAUAACAUGGACAGUCAAACCACAGAAAUUACAGAGUCCAACAUUGCAGUUACAGAAUCCAGCCUUACAGUGACAGAAUCCAACCAGACAGUUACAGAAUCCAACCAGACAGUCACAAAAUCUGACAUUACGGUUACACAUUCCAACAUUGCUGUGACAGAAUCCAACCAGAUAGUCAUAGAGUCCAACCAGACAGUUAAAGAAUCCAGCCUUAUAGUCACAGAAUCCAACCAGACAGUCACAGAAUCCAACCUUACGGUUACACAUUCCAACAUUGCUGUGACAGAAUCCAACAUUGCAGUGACAGAAUCCAACAUUGCAGAUACAUGUAUUUCCAAUCUGCUGAAUAAUGCAAACAUGCUAUAUAAAUACUGUGUGGCGGCCUCAAAAGAUGGAAGUAUAUCAAUACUAGAUACAAAUAAUGGUCACAAGGUUCAUUCAGUGCAGUUACCCAUGGAGGUGUUUUCCUCUCCAGUGAUGAUAGGACAUUAUUUAAUUUUGGACAAGAUGGUACGUAAUACAGUUAGGAUCGGCAAGGACAAGUCUUCCAAGUCCAAAGACAUUAAAGCUGCCACCUGGUCCUCUCGUCUCCCUUCUUCUGGGGAUUCCGAGACAAAUGGUACACAGUAUGGGUUUGGACCUUCCCCACAAGACAACAUUGGUAAUUUGUCAGACCAAGAGGUCCUGGAAAGAUUCGAGCAGCUUCUGGAUGACAUGAAUCUGACAGAGGAAAAGAAGGCCCCACUAAGAGCUUGGGAUAUGCCAAUGAAGAGAAACAUGCUGUCUAUGCAGGUCACUGCAGGAAAGGCUAAACAGAGAGACCUAGACACUCCACAGAACUUUGUGGCAGAGCUCCGCAAUGCUGAUAUAAAAGGGGAAAAGCGUCUCCGGCUCUUGGAAUCUCUCAGAGUGUCUCUAACCAGUAACCCUGUCAGCUGGGUUGAAGACUUUGGGCUUGAUGGUCUGAAUGGAAUUUUACGAAAUUUAACCUACUGCUGUGAUUCUAAAACAGAGAGGAAAAGUACUUAUGAAUGUGUCCGAUGUUUAAAAGCUUUCAUGAACAACAAAUUUGGGCUGAUGCAGAUAAUCCAACAUGAUGAGGCCCUGACUAUUCUGUCACGUACAGUGGAUCCUUCUGACCCCACCACAAUGUUAGAGGCUGUCCGUCUGCUUGCUGCCAUUUGCUUGGUCCCUCCUGAUGGGCAUGAGAAAGCUUUGGAGGGUAUAACUGUGUGUGGUGAGAUUCGAGGGAGGGAUAGGUUUAUCCCAGUGAUAAUGGGACUAGGAAUGAGGGACAAUCAGCCCAUGCAGGUGGCUUGUAUUCAGUUAGUGAAUGCCAUUGUUAGUACGCCAGAUGAUCUGGACUUCAGAAUCCAUUUACGGAAUGAGUUUAUGAGGACAGGACUAAUUGAUUUGAUUGGUUCGCUUAACAGUCAGCAGGAUGAAGAACUUCAGACUCAUUUACGAAUUUUUAAUGACCAUCAAGAGGAGGAUUUUGAAGACUUUUCCCGUCGUUAUGACAACAUCAGAGCAGAGUUUGAAGAUGCACAGCAGUGUUUUACCCUGAUCCAGAAUUCUGUAAGGGACACAAUUGCUGAACCCUACUUCCUGUCUAUACUUCAACAUUUACUCUGUAUCAGAGAUGAUAUGUUUUCCAGGCCCCAAUAUUACAAAUUGAUAGAAGAAUGUGUAACUCAGAUUGUGCUGCACAGAAACGGAAUGGACCCAGAUUUUCGACACACAAAACGUUUUGAAAUUGAUGUCGAACCUCUUUUAAGUAACCUAUCAGAGAAGUCCAGAUUUGAGGAUUUUGAAGGCAGCAUGAUGGAGGUCAAUAAUAAACUGGAAACAGCCCUCACUGCUAAACAAGAAUCAGAGGCUAAGGCUAUGACCUUAGAGGAGAAAGUCAAACAAUAUGAACAAGAACUGGCUGACAUGAAAGAAAAGAUUCGACAAGGCAUUGGGGACACAAUCAUGGCUGGCAAAGGACCUGGAGGAAUAGGUGGCCCCCCUCCUCCACCGGCUCCUCCACCUCCUGGUGGGGUACCUCCACCUCCACCACCACCACCACCUCCUGGUGGAGCCCCACCUCCACCUCCACCACCCCCUGGGGUUGGACCCCCACCUCCACCACCACCUCCUGGGGCACCACGAGCUCCUGGGGCACCACCUCCCCCUGGUAUUGUAAGUCCACCUUCUUCUUCGAACAAACUACCACAUGGAAUGAAGCAAAAGAGGAAAUAUGAACUGGGUGUUCAGACAAAACGCAUCAACUGGAAUAAGGUUCAGGCAAAUAAAAUGGAUAAAGAUGCAUUUUGGGUCAAUCUCCAUGAGGACAGGUUUGAGGACCCAAAUUUAUUUGAAGGUCUUCUUGAGAAUUUUUCAGUUGCAACCAAAGGGAAGAAGAAGGAGGCAGAUCACCAGGAGAUAGAAGUGAAGAAAAAAGCUAAAGAAUUAAAAAUUCUAGAUCCCAAGUCAGCACAGAAUCUCUCAAUUUUGCUGGGUUCCAUCAAGGUCCCUUUUACUGAAAUUAAGCGUCGAAUAUUGGAGGUAGAUGAGGACAACUUAAAUACUGCAAUACUAGAGCAGUUGAUACGGUACAUGCCAGAGCCAGAACAGAUGAAGCAGAUAGCCGGUCUCAAGGACCAGUAUAAUGAUCUGGCUGAACCAGAAAAGUUUGCUGUGGAGAUGUCCAGCAUAAAGAGGAUUCACCCUCGACUUAAGUCCAUGCUUUUCAAAAUGACUUUUCCUGAAAUGGUACAGGAUAUUAAACCAGACUUAGUUGCUGCAAAAGAGGCAUUAGAAGAAGUCAAAACCAGUGCCAAAUUUGCCAAAGUAAUGGAACUGAUUUUACUGGUUGGGAACAUUUUAAAUGCAGGAUCAAGAAAUGCACAGUCGGUUGGGUUUGACAUUAGUUUUCUUCCAAAGCUCCAAAACACAAAAUCUGUUGAUGGUAAGAGGACCCUAGUUCACUACUUGGCUGAGACUGUGGAAGAGAAACACCCUGAGUUGUUACAGUUUACUGAGGAGCUGUCUUAUAUAGAGAAAGCAUCAAGAGUGUCAGAUGAAUUGCUUCAAAAAAAUUUAAAGGCGAUGGAAAAGUCGUUGAAACAGUUAGAACUUGACAUUAAAAAUAUGAGCAAGUCGCAGACUGAAGUGGACCGCUUUUCUGAUGUAAUGAAUGAGUUUAUUGCAUCAGCGAAGGGACAAUAUGAGGUGAUGAAGGGCAUGUACAAAAUGGUGGACAAUUUAUACAAAGAAAUGGGCAAAUUCUACACAUUUGAUAUCAAAAAGUAUACAAUGGAGGACUUUUUCAAUGACAUCAAGACAUUCAAGGAGUUGUUUGUGCAAGCACUGAAGGAUAAUGCAAAGAUCCGUGAAACAAACGAGAAAAUCAGGAGAGCCGAAGAGGCCAAAGAAAGACAAAAGAAGGAAAGGGAGGCCAAAUUAGCCAGAAAGAAGGCUCUGGUGGAUAUGACUAUAGACGACAACCAGGAAGGCGUCAUGGAUAACUUGUUGGAGGCCCUAAAAACAGGAUCUUGUUUCAAUGUGGGCAGAGACAAACGAGAUGGCAAACGGAAGACACCACGGGCUGCUGGAGCUGAAAGAAGGGCACAAUUAUCCAGAUCAAGGUCAAGACAGAAUUUACUUAACAUGGAUAAUUCAACAAUGAUGGAAAUAAAUUUCAACGAUUCUUCCAUAGACACACCCCCUCGACCUCCCAGGGGUAAGGAUGAGCGACGGGAGGCUCGAGAAUUAGACAUGAGAAGGAGCUUAGUGAAAAGAGACCUUAACGACAAUGAAGAAAGGAAACGUAACAGUUGUCAGGAUGAGACUCGCAAAAGAACAAGUCGUCAAGACAGUGAGGAAAAACGGCGAAGCAGUCGUGCUGAUAACACAAUGUCGGAGGCAGAAAAGUUACUAGCAAGAUUGAAAGAUCUGUAAAUGUUACGAAUUUUGCAUAUUUUAUAUUUCAAUUUAUGGUGUAUGCUGGUCCCCCCCCCCCCCCCCCCCCCCCAUAUGCUUGUAAAUAAUUUGUACAUUUAUGUAUUAAGUAGAUAAAUGCAUGCUGUACUUCAAAUGAGCUAAAAGCUAAAAAAUUGUAAUGCAAAGAAGUAGCAUUGGCAAUAUUUUGUGCUGUCAGUAGGCUAGGAUUAAUUGAAAAGGUGUGGUUCUGUUAUUGGUAUGUUUUUCAUGUUAUGUGCCAAAUUUGUUGUGAAUGGAACUUUCUUCUUUAAAAAAGUGCAUUUAAUUUGGAAGAUGAAAUAAUGUAAUGUACCCCUUAAAGAAGAAGUACAUAAUUUGCAGUACUUAAAAUCUUUAGAUCUGAAGUCUGUUCCCUCAAGAUCUGAAAAUUCUUUACUCCUAUUUUUAUAAAGAAAUUGUUUUAGAGUGUGACCACAGUGCCUAUGCUAUUUUUCAAUGCCUUCAGAGGUAUUUGAGAUAUUUUAUGGCAUUAUUAAUGACCUAAUAUCUGUAUUACACCCGGGAGUCCUAUUUUAAUUUCUGCAAGCUUUAACAUAGAGCUUUAAAUAUUGUUUGUGCAUGCACUGUAUGUCCGAGAUGAUUCUGUGCAUAAACUUGUACAUAUGUAUAUUGCCCAGUAUAGUCUGUUUAUCUGUGAUAUUUAUAAACAAUGGUCCUCUGUGUUGUCUUGGAGGAAUCAAAGACUCAGGAAAUGGGACCAUUCACCGACAAAGAACGCUGUAUAUUCAGGAUAAUGGAUUCGCCAGUCAGAGAUCAUAUCUCAUACUUACAAUGUAUUAUAUAGCUCCUUCAUGAUGCAUUAUAAACAUACAACUACUGCAUAGUCUCAUCAGAUUUGUAAAUUCACAUCAUCUAAUUGUCAUUUACCCUCUGUAAUAUGUGUAAUGUUGGCUAGGAUAUCAAAUUUAUUAUUGAAAAGGAGAAAGCGUUUCAAGAUAGUCUUCAAAAAGACAAGAACACUUUAGUAUUAUAAGUUUUCCAUGACAUAAAUGUAGGAUCAUAUUAUUUCAUACACUGAAAGUGUAACUUUGUUUGAAGAGGCAUAUAUUUACAUGUAUGUGUUCUACUCUGAUUUAAACUCCAUUUCAGUUACUGGAAAGUCAUAGUUAUUAAUCUUCUGCUAGAUGAAACAACGUAGAAUUAUGAAGUGCAAUAUUUCUUUUUUUAUUACACUUGUUAAAAAAUUUUUCUGGUUAUUGGUUCAAUUAAUUGCUGUUGAAUUUCUGCCAUGAUGUGUUCAGUUAGCGCUCUGGAUUUGGAUUGUCGAAAAUGCCAAAAAUUCUACAUAAAAGCAUUCCACUAUUUUCAUUUUAUACACUAAGUACACCUGUGUUGGUGUUUACAUAUCCUGUCAAAUGGCAGUGCAACAAUACUACAUAUACAUACACUGUAGUCAUUUUCAAACUUCAUGUACUAGUCCUUGAUUUUUAAUGAUAGUAGAGUUGUGCAAAUACAUUGUGCCUCAUUAUAAUUUCCACAACACUAGUUAAGUGUAUUCAUACAUGUAUCUCCAAAUCACAAUCAUGUACAUCGGGUGAUCAAAAUGUGCCGAAAUUACGGAAUGUAAUUCCAUGAAAUGAAAAAAAUGUUUAUGAGCGAUAUUUAUAGCGAAAAUUUACAGAUUUUUCAAUUGAAUAUUAAGGAACUUUUUGUGCAGAAUAUAUUUCUGACUUUUCUUAUGCUUUUCCUUGAUAAAAGUAUUACUGGUCAAUUAAAACUAGGCAAAUGCAACUAACCAUAAGUGUGGUGCUUGUGGUCAAAACAACAUGGGAUUGCUUUAUUUACAAUGUCUCCAACAUGAAAUGUUAAAUUUAUCCUACUACUUUCAAUAAAUUAAGCACUCUAUGUCAGAACUUUUUGAUCACCCCUCCUUAGAAUAUUGUUUGCAAGCUCUGUGAUUUACAUACUUUUAUAUAUUCCCGACUUGUGAUAUACACAGCAAAUUAAGUCAUGUGUAGACAUUUUAAAACCUGUUGUAAACCAAGAAACACAUACAGUGGACAUGUAUAUGCAAGUAUUAAAUGUGUUCAUUAAUAUCAACUAUGAUAUUUAAUCGGUAUACUCUUUCUUUUCAAAUAUUUCCUAUUUUUGUUUAAAUUGCAUACUUGUAUUUCAAGUUGUAUGCUUGUGAAAAUAGUCAUACCAGCGAUUAAUUUUUUUUUUCACUUUAGUUAUUUCGUUUACUUGAGAGUAGUGUUCUCUAUCUUUUAGUUUUGUUGUUGAUUAUUGACUAAAUAGCAAUCCCAUUUUUGUCACACCUCUUUUGUCCCCCAAAUAGAUUCUAGUUCUCUAGUUGACAGGGUACAUGGGCUAAGGUUAAAUUUUUGUCUCUUUUGAUGAAUUGAACAGGUAGAAUUGCUAUAUAUAGGUAGGUUGUGCUCACCAGUCCUGGAUACCCAUCAAUGUACAAUUAUACUGCAGACCUGUAGAGCAGCUUAAGUUAUGCUUCUUUUUGUACUGCCUGUAAGUUAUUGUACAAUAUUACAAAAUGAAAUACAAAAACUAUG